AUUGAUGAAGAUGUAGGCUCUAAUUUAAUUCAAUUAAGAAUAUUUUUUCCGCAUCACAACUUUUGUUUUAUUUAAUUUUAUUAAUAUUUUUAAAUAUUUUUGUAUCGAGUUUACCGAAAUUUUUGUACUCAUGAAUCGCGCUUUUGUAAAACAUUUCAAAGAUUACCUUCGCGAAGGUUUACAGUGUGGAGUUAUUAUGGGAACGGGAGAUAUCUUGGCUCAAACAGUAACGGAUAAAAGAGAACUUAAGGAAAUUAAUUUUGGGCGUACUUUAAAAUAUGCCUCACUUGGUAUCUUCUAUGUUGGACCUGUACUAAAAGGAUGGUACAAAUAUCUAGAUGUAAUAGUAACAAAAAAAAACACCAAAUUUGUGAGAGCUGCGAAAAAGAUGCUUAUAGAUCAAUCGAUUAUGGCUCCGAUGUUAAACCUAACGCUAAUUCCACUAGUUGGUAUGGUGAUGAAUCAAAGUUACGAUACAAUAAAAAGUCAUAUAAAGUACGAUUAUUUACAAAUUUUGGAAAAAAAUUACAUACUUUGGCCGGCUGCACAGCUAAUUAAUUUCGGUUUAAUUCCUCUACAAUUUCAAGUACUUUUUGUUCAAGUGAUAGCAGUUGUAUGGAAUUUCUUCUUAUCUGGCAUAUUAAACAAAAACAAAUGAUACGAAACUAAAAGAGAAAUGCAGCUUCAUAUUGAAAUUUAAAAAAAGAAAUACAAAAGGAGAUUACCUUCAAUAUAUCCUUUACAAAAUAAAAAAAAUUGUAUUUUACUUCACAUUUGCAAACAUCUGCU